CACAAACACAAAACUGUUUUUAGGCUUUUUAACUUUCCUUUUGCCCUCUACAACUAAAAGACACACAUCUGCAACAGCACCAGAGAUGAAGUAUCACCAUGUCCCAGGCUGCCCCCUCUGACAACGACCCCUCUGCUGACAUCACCCCUCCACCCACCCAGCCCUCUCACACUGACCCUGGCUCCUGUCAGGAUGUCCCAGCAGCCUUUGCACCGCCCUCUGCCGCUCUACAGCCUCCUAUGAUCCCUCACAGUUUGGUCAUCCCACAGUCCACCGAGGAGACGGCCACUGAGGAUGCCACCACCGCCGAGACUUCAGGGGGUCCGAUUGAUCAACCGAUCAACUCUGACGGUCAGGCGAUUGAAUGUGACCAACCGGUGAGUCUGGAGCCAGACGCAGAGCCUGCCCAUGAGGACUUGGAGGAGAAAGAAAAGAGCUGGGGAGGUUGGAGUUCAUGGGGAAAAUCUCUUCUGAGCAGUGCCACCUCCACAAUGGGUCAGAGCCUGACCUCAGUUAAGGCAAAGGCAGGAGAGGCUCUGCGUCUCCACAAGACCUCAGUAGGAGAGGAGGCACGAGAAGAGGAGGAGGAGCGGGGAGCAGAGGAGAAGAGAGAGGGAGGAGGCGAAAGUGGAGAGACUGACCUGUCCAGCUCUGGAGAGUCUUCUGUGAGUGCUGCUGCAGCUCCUGGCAGGGGUGUCUUCUCUACGAUCACACACGCUGUGCAGAACACAGGUAAGUCAGUCAUCAGUGGAGGUUUGGAUGCCUUGGAGUUCAUCGGGAAGAAGACUAUGACUGUUCUUGCUGAGAGUGACCCGGGUUUCAAAAAGACCAAGACUUUGAUGCAGAAGACCGUAUCACUGAGUCAGAUGUUGAAGGAAGCCAAAGAGAAAGAGAGGGCACGUCUGGGCAACCAGCCAAUCAGUGCACCCACAGCUCACUACGGGAUUCUGUUUGACGACUACCAGGGCUUGUCACACCUCGAGGCCCUGGAGAUCCUGUCCAAUGAGAGCGAGGCCAAGGUCCAAGCCUUCCUCUCCUCUCUGGUGGAAGAGGAGCAGGAGGAGGUGAAGAAGGAGCUAAUUUUCAUUAAGGACAUCUUCAUCAAGCGAGAGGAAGAGGAGGAAGGAGAGGAAGAGGAAAAAGAAGAAGGAGGACAGACGAAGGAUAACGGUGAUCUAAGUUCCCAAUUACACUGUUCUACCCCCCUAUCGGCCAACGGCGAGGAGUUUGUAAGCGUUCUCACUGAGCUGCUGUUCGAGCUGCACGUUGCUGCCACGCCAGACAAACUCAACAAGGCUCGGAUCAGGGCCCAUGAUUGGGUGAGCGAGGUGGAACAGCCUGUCACUACUGAGACAGUUGGCAGGGAAACGCAAGACCUGCCAGGAGGAGAGGCCUCACCUGGAGAGAACGCAAAGGAGGAGGUGGAGGAAGAGGGAGAAGAGCAAGGGGAGAAGAAGAAAGGUGUAGAAGAGCAGGGGGUGAAGGGAGGAGAGAAGGAAAAGAAGGAGAAAGACCCCAGAUCUGUAGAGGCUGUCUACCUGUCUUCAGUCAGUAGUCUGGCUGAAGUCACAGCUCGCAGCAUCGAGCAGCUCCACAAGGUGGCAGAGCUCAUCCUCCACGGGCAGGAGCUGGAGAAACCAGCCAGAGACCAAGCACACAUCCUCACCAGGUUGACAUGUGCCAUGUGUAAGGAGGUGGAGUGUUUGGCCAAGAGGUUCUCUGAUACACUGCUUCAUGUUGGGGGUCAGAGGAAAGCAGAGGAGUUGAAUCCACUGGUAGACAGUGUGCUGCUAGAGGGCUCCAACAGUACCAACUACAUUCAGAAUGCAUUUCAGCUGCUGCUGCCCGUCCUGCAGAUCUCCCACAUCCAGAGCCAGCACUGUCGGUCCACCACAGAACCAGCAGCGCAGACACAGCACUAACACAUACACACACACAUACGCGCGCACUAGCUGCUCACCUGCUCGUCUUAAUGUAUCUAUUGUUGUACAGUAAAGUAUAGAGAAUAGAUUAUUCCACAUUAAGUGCUUAAAUCUACAUUAAGUGCCAUAGCAACAGGCAGAUGUUUGAUAUAUACAUAAUGUAAUCUUGAAGAUGACGAUUUAACAAAUAGAUACAUGCAGAAAUGACCACAUGCAGGCUGAAAGUGGGUCUCUUCUACGUUGUAUCUCUGAAGGUCAUUUUGAUUCAGUUUAGCAGUUGAACCAAACGGUGUUCGGAGCUCAUUCAAGCUCAGCUGUCAUUCUGUCUGACAAACAAAGAUGUUUCUCUAUCAUCUCCAAGACCUGAACCAAAAACAGAAAAUUACUGAAUGUCUUGAAGAGUCUCUACCUUAAUGUAUAUUAAGCUUUCUUUGCAUUCCUCAUGGUCCAUUAUUAUUUCAAAGAGCAUUAACAAACACUAGUGAAGUGUCUAUUUUGCUGAAAUGUUUUAAUCUGGUUUGAAACAAAAUGCCAGUAUUAGUGAAUAUACACUUUUUGCUUGUUUUUGUUUUUUUAUGUUAAAUUAUGUGAAGCAACACUACCUUAUAUUUCACUCUUAUACAUCUUGAAUCGAAAGAAAAAUCUGAUCUUCAUGCUUUGAAUUAGAAAAAACUUAGUACUCCUUCGCCCUUCUUGUGUACAUUGAAGAUGCAAUGUAGGUGAAUUCAUCUCUAAUGAUCUAUUGUUGUGCUGCUACACUUAAAAGGUAUUGUUUGACAUGUUGGGAAAUUUGCUUUCAUGGUGAGAGUUAGAUGAUAAGAUUAGUACAUCUCUCAUGUAUGUGAAGUUACAGCCAGCAGCUGGUUAGCAUAGCUUAGCACUUAGACUGAUAAUGGGGAAACAGCUAGGCCACUGAAUAACACAUUGUUUCUAGUUUGUUGAAUCCGUUCAAAAAACAUGUUGCGAUGUUACAAGGUUUUAUGUGGAGGAAUGAACUGCUUUAGGCCAGGAAAUAGCAUGGAAAAAGAUGGAAAUCUAAACCUGCAAUAACUGAUGUUUUUGGCCACUUGGGGACAUUGGAAACAAGUUAAGAACACAUUGCGGAUCUUUUAAGUUGAUAUGGUGAACUUCUUAGCGAGCAGUUGCUAAUUUGCACAUUCAGCAGUUCCAGAGCAACAUUAUCAUUCAUUUGGAGUCUUGUUUCUGGCUACCUGGUGAAGUCCAGUGUUCACUCUCUUUUAGGUAUCUACCAACACCUGAGGGAAAUAUCUGGCUGUUUAGCUGCUAAAUGCUUCACUAUGUUCACCAGCAGUGUCUGUCUGCUGUUUGGUGCUCAGCAGGUAGUGGAUUUCACAGUGGAUUUCUGGAGCAUUCUCACUUAAAACAACGCUUUGAGAGAAGUGAGAGUGACCCCUUUCAUUUAUCCACUUAGCUGACGCUUUUAUACAUCACAACAUACAAUAGCCAUAUAUGUCAGAGGUUAAGUGUCUUGCUCAGGGACAUAUUGUCACAGUGGGAAUCAAACUCCAGUCACCCACACCAAAGGCACGUGUCUUAUCCAAGGUGCCACUGCCAACCAUACAUUUGUUAUUAGAAAAUUGUUUUUUAUGGUCGUUUUAAGAAACAUGAUAUAUCAGUAUUGUGCUGAUUAAUGAGCUUUAGAGGUACUGGUAGGAUAGACUGGUUCACAUAGAGCCAGGCUAGCGGUUUCCCCGUUUCCAGUCUUAAUGCUAAGCUAAGCUUACCGGCUGCAGGCACCAACUAUUUAUUUACCAUACAGACAUCAAUGCUCUCAAAAGAAAUUGAGACUAUGUCCUAAAAUGCUUUACUAUUUCUUUAAUAACAAAAUGACAUGUCCCCUCUAGGAUUCUAAUGUGAACACCUUGGCAUUAGCCAAAACAUGUAGGUGUUUUUUUUUUCGUCUUGCCUCCUUUUUUUUUGUUUUUGCUGGGAUCUAUAUUUAUACACUUCUUGCUUCCCAGAGGUAUAUAUCUCAAUCAUUUCCUCGUGUUCCUUGACCACCAGCGAGUUUCAGUAGCAAUCCCAAGGUGCUCACAGUGCAUCUGUUUUUUAACAUCCAGAGUUAAAUUCGCUCUUAGCAUCCAGCCUGCAUUUAUAUAGAUCUCUGGAAGUACUCUCUCCCCCUCUUUACUUAUGCUUCUUCCCUUUUAGAGAUACAUAAACACAGGCAAGAGAGAUAUUUACCAAAGGAAACAUUAGUCAGUGCUAUUGUAAUGUUUUGGCUCCUUUCACCUAUAGCCAUAUUACAGAGGCGUGAGGCCAUUUAUCAGCCAUGCUUCUGCCUUAGAAUGAAAAAUGAUUUGAAGCCAAGUCAUUUAUUUAGGGUUUUACUAAUAUAUUAAGAUUCUCUUCUAAUAAAGUGCCCAAAGACUGUUUGAGAUGUUGAAAAUAAAAACGCUUUAACCAUC